AUGGUACAUUACAAAUUGUGGUAUUUUCCGGUCAGGAAUUUAGCCGAAGGGUCUAGGCUGGUCUUGCAUUAUGCUAAUGUGCCAUUUGAAGACUUUUACAUUCCGUUCAAUGAGUGGCCGACUACUUAUAAGAACAGUGAGUUAUUUGACAUGUUAGGUAUCAAAAGUUUUUAAAAAAUACGUUUUUAUAUCUAAAUUUUGCAGAUUUAAAAAAAAAUUAUUAUUUGAAUUUUCAUUAACUUUGAAUUCCUAAAAAUACUUUGAACUUACGCUUUAGAAACGCCAUAUGGAAAGAUACCAGUCUUAGAAGUGAAUGGAAAGCCAUUGUGUGAAAGCACUACUAUUCUACGAUUUCUGGCUAAACAGCAUGGUAAGAGUGGUUUAUAAUACAGUGAAAUAUCUUUAUUAUGAUCCUUAUAUUGUGACACCCUCUGACCUAGUACUUUUCUAAAAGUUUUAUAUUUACAUAAUCAUCUAUAACAAUAUUUCUAGGACUAGCCGGAAAAGAUCGCUGGGAAAAAGCCAAAGUCGACGAACUGAUCGAGCUGCACAAGAACGAAUACCUAGAGAUAAUGGAAUGGCUGAUGGUCACAAAUGGCUUCAAAGAUGGUGACAAAAACAAACUCUUCUACACUGUAGCUCAGCCAGUUUGUGAACACUACUUCCAGAUAUACCACAAGAUACUUCAAGAGAAUGGCAGUGGGUUUUUGGUUGGAAAGAAAGUUACUGCGGCUGAUUUUUUCAUCGCGGAUUACUUGCACACUCUGCACAAACUGAAGCCGGAGUUGUUUGAGAAACAUCUAGAUUUGGUGGGAUUUGUAAAGAGGGUUUUUGGUCUGCCUCAGAUAAAGGAUUACAUUGAAAAGCGACCGGAGACACCUAUGUGA